AAAUUCUCAUCCCGGUCAUCAGGUCUUUGUAGCUCAUGAGCCGCAGCAGGCAGUCCGCCCUCCAGCUCGAGGGGGUGCAGCUCGCGGAAAUGGCAGGGGUUUCUGUGGUGGAGGUCGCGCGCGGGGUCAUCGUGGCCGCGGCAGAGGCUACGCCGGACAGCAGCCUGCCUACGGUCAGCCAGCACCUGGUGGGCACCCUCCACUAGCUCCAGUACCUGGUCCGCAUGGAUGGCAGCAGCUGGCUCAGGCACGGGGUCCUCCACAGACUGGGUAUCAAGGAUACCCCUCUGUUGAGCACAAUUAUCAAUCCCCUGCACCGCCUGUUGUGUGUCAGCUUUGUUAUUCUCCAGGUCACUCCGCCAUAAAUUGUCCUCGGUUCACAAAUUCUACACCAGCUUUGGCGGCUAUCCCUACGGGCGAAACAAAUGCGUCCGUGUGGUACCCGGAUUCGGGUGCUUCAGCUCACAUGACUCCAAACGAAGGACAAUCACACGGGAGCCAUACUCCUCCAGGCCUCCAAUAAGGACUCUGUUUACCCCUUUAGUGCAACCCAGCUGACUACUCCGUCUCUUGCAUUACAAACCAAGCUUGUUCCCGGUCCAGUCUGGCACAAGCGUCUUGGUCACUGUGGGGAUCGUGUUAUAUCUGUUCUUAGGAAAAAUAAAUUUAUUACUACCUCUAGUACUUUUUUUCAUGAUUGUGUUUCAUGUAAACUGGGCAAGUCCCACCGCCUUCCUUUUUCGGAUGUUACUCGUACUGUUACUGCUCCUUUAGAAAUUAUUCAUUCAGAUGUUUGGCAGUCGCCUGUGUUAUCAAAUUUAGGUUUUAA